AUGGUGGGGGAUGGAUGCUCGAUUGAUAUAUGGAUAGAUUAUUGGAUCCCAGGUGUUAAGCCAACAAGCCAUGAAAGAGGAGGAUUAGCCCUUCCUUCUUUGGUUUCUUUAGUUUCCAACCUUAUCGAUCCAGAUACCAAGUUGUGGGAUCUGUCAAGAGUGAGGAGUCUAUUUCCUCCUCAAAUAGUGGUUGAGAUAACCAAAUUGUGGCUGAGUAUAGAGGCCCACAAGGAUAAGCUGGUAUGGAGGGAAACUCAGGGUGGCAGGAGAAACCAGUGGUUCCACGAGGGGAAAUGUCUAUCUCCAACACAGUCUCUAGAACAUGCUUGGUCCCUACUUAGUGCGCACCAAAAUGUCACACGAGUGGAAAGGAGUGCAGAAAAGCAUACGGUGAGCUGGUGCAAACCUCCUCUAAGGGUUUUAAAGCUGAAUGUCGAUGGGGCCAUCUUCCCGGAUCAACACAGAGUAGGGGUGGGGAUUAUUCUAAGAGACAAUGCAAGCACUGUGUUGAUGGCAGUUAGCAUGAGGGAAUCCGAGGUGAAUGAUCUAGCUAAGAUAGAGUUGGUGGCUAUGUUGAAAGGCCUCCAAUUAUGUCUCACGAUGGACAUUAAGGACCUAAUACUGGAGAGUGACUCCCUCCUUACCGUCAACCAGCUGAACGAGGACACGAACUCAUGGUCUUUUCUUGGGAACAUCAUUAAGGAAACUAAGCAUCUCCUCACAAGGUUUAGGAGCUGCAUUGUGCGACAUAUUGGUUGCAUGCGUCAUUUGGUAGCUCACAGGUUAGCAAGGUAUGCGUGGCAUAUCCAAGAUGUAUCAAUGUGGUCGGGCUCUUGUCCAGAUUUCGUGAAAGAAGUUGUACGGGUGGACAGUGCUUUGUAA